CACACCAUGCCAAACUACAAACUCAUUUAUUUUAAUAUGAGGGGGAGAGCAGAAAUUAUUCGUUACAUAUUUGCAUAUUUGGACAUAAAAUAUGAAGACCACAGAAUAGAACAAGCUGAUUGGCCUGAAAUCAAGUCAACUCUUCCAUUUGGCAAAAUCCCCAUUUUGGAAGUUGACGGACUUAAACUUCACCAGAGUCUAGCAAUAGCAAGAUACUUGACCAGAAACACAGAUCUGGCUGGAAAAACAGAACUUGAACAAUGUCAAGUGGAUGCAAUUGUGGACACAAUGGAUGAUUUCAUGUCUCGUUUUCCUUGGGCAGAGAAAAGACAAGAUAUAAAAAAUCAGAUAUUUAAGGAGCUACUUACAUGUGAUGCACCUCCUCUUCUGCAAAAUUUGGACACAUACUUAGGGGAAAACAAGUGGUUUAUUGGUGACUCUGUAACUUGGGCAGACUUCUACUGGGAAAUUUGCAGUACCACACUUUUGGUCUUUAAACCUGAUUUGUUGGACGUCUAUCCCAGGCUAGUGACAUUACGGAAGAAAGUCCAAAGCAUUCCUGCCAUCGCUGACUGGAUACUGAGAAGGCCCCAGACCAAACUCUAGGUAACGCCAGCCACCUCCAACCUUUAUUCUUCUUUACAGCAUCACUCUCAUCAGAUAAGAAGCUACAUCAACAUGCUGCAUAAUGUGCAUACACCACCCCCUCAGCUCCGUUAAUACUUUCAUUUCUGCCAUAUUCUGCUUAUUAAAAGAAAAAAAAAAGGAGGAAAGGGGAUUAGAAAAAAAAAGACUUUUGUUUCCAGUAUCUUUUUUCUCCAGAAGAGCUUCACAUUAUCUAUAGCUUACAAUACAGGCAGGCCAUGCUUUGCACUAGUUCUGACAGGCAUGAAUUUCAGUCACAGUGGUUUAGUUACAUAUUUUCCAAAAACAGAAAUGGUUUGGAUUUCAGUUUCCAUGGUGUAUUAAUGAGUAAUUGCAUAAAGUAUAAAUCUUGCUGCUAGCGCGUCAGUCCACAAGUCACUAUGUAAAUAACAGACAGAUACAUGACCAACCAUGCCACUUCUUUCACACUCUGUUGGUGAUUGGUCACUGCACGCCUGUCAUUUACAAACAGACAGCAAAGUGUGUAGUUGUGCUGCCUGCUUGUUUCUCAGUGAUACACCCACUUGACAUUUUACAAAAAUGGAUAAUUGAAAAAGGGAACUCACCCGCAGCAAAGGAAACCAUUAACAAAAUGAAAAGACAACCCUUAGGAGAAAAUACUUGCAAAUGAAGCGACAGAUAAGGGAUUAAAUCUCCAAAAUAUACCAAAAGCUCAUGCAACUCUGUCAAAUAUCUAACAACUUAAUCAAAAAAUUGGCAAAAGAUCUAAAGAGACAUUUCUCCAAAGAAAACAUGA